GUCGUGGCUUCAUGUCACGGGGCCGUCGUACGAAACAUGGCGUUCGCGAGGUUAUUGCUAUGAGUGCUGUUCCGUUUUCUAUUGUUAAAUGUGGCAUCGUCGCGCGACGUGCGGACUGACGCGGAGCGUCGUGUCCUCGGGGCGGCGAGCGCGCCAGUUUGAAGCCCGCGUGAGCCAAGUCGGUUGGUCGUAGGAACGACCCGGCGGCGACAGAAAAACAGGCCUCGUCAACAGAAAGAGAGAGAAAGAGAGAGAGAGACAGAGUGGGCUUGUAAAGGUAUACACACCCUGACGCGAGACCGCCGAGACUGGUAUUUUCUAGCAUAUCGCGGAAUCCUCGGCGAAUUCUCUCGCAACCGCGGUCCGUCGACGGUCGUCCUCGCGACCGAGGUCCGUGCGUGCCGCUCGUGGACACGCGCAUCAGAAUGCCGGUUCUCGUGAAAUUGUUUUCGCGCACGGGGUGGUGAGAAGAGAGAGAAAGAAAGAGAGAGAGAGAGAGAACGAGAGCGAAAGCGACAUACGGCGAUCGCGUCCUCUCUUGCUUCCUCUUUCCCGUUGCGCAGGAGACCCCGAUCGUACUCCUCGAGUGUCGUUACCCGAUGGGAAACACGGCGGUCACGCUGACGCGGCCCGAUUUCACACUUUCGUAGUAGUACUUACUAACGCUGAGCGGGGGAGAGGGAGGGGGAAUGCACCCGAUGUAAACGCGAGAACGGCUCGUUCUCCGUCGUCGCGGAAGCGUCCGUCACGCUGCCGCAGGAUAUGUCAAAACGACGACGCUUCGCGGUCCUGAUAUGUGUCCACGAUUUAUCCGCGAUAAGAAACGAAGCGGUGAAUAACGGCCUAGAGUUUGACGUCGCGCGUCGUACACGAGGUACCGACGUGGUAUCGGUGGCGAAGUAAAGAGCAGAAGGGAAGAGUGAUUUACGCAGAAGAGAGGAGUAAGGAGAGUGUCGAGCCAUAUGCCGCCGGCCGGGUUAUCGGCGAGAGGCUUGUCUACCUUGAUGGACCACGGACAACCGGAUGCUCGUCAUCGGAGCGAGCAUUUCCUACUCUAUCCAGAGAAUGGCUCCUCACAUCCUCACAGUCCAAAUACGACCAAUUCAUCGCCGCGGUAUCAGCAUAACAGCAGAACUAAUAGUCACAACACUAGCUACGGAUACAUAUAUGGACAUACAUCUAGCAACAAUAUGUCUGACAGCAGCAUUUCUGAUACGCACAGCGGUGGAACUGCAAGAACUGUCUCUCAACAGACUAGUCCAUCCCAUGGUACACAUUCCUCUUCUCAGUCGCGACAGGACAACAGCACCACUAUUUUCACGGCCCUCUUUGACUAUGUCGCUCAGGGUGAAGAUGAGUUAUCUCUUCAGAGAGGGGAAACUGUUGAGGUUUUGUCGAAAGACUCGAAAAUCUCAGGCGACGAAGGAUGGUGGACUGGAAAGGUUCACGGGAAAGUGGGAAUCUUUCCGGCAAACUUUGUCGCGGAGGCAGAGAGUAUCGAUCGAGUUUCGUCGGUGAUCGAUAAAGUCCAACCUGUUGAAAUCAAUUUCGAGGAGUUGCAAUUGGAGGAAGUUAUAGGGGUCGGAGGUUUUGGGAAAGUGUACAGGGGUUUUUGGAAGGGCCGCGAAGUAGCUGUGAAGGCUGCGCGCCAAGACCCAGACGAAGAGCCCAGUGUAACGUUAGAAAAUGUUCGGCAGGAAGCGAAAUUAUUCUGGUUAUUGAAACAUGAGAAUAUUGUGCAAUUAGAAGGAGUGUGUAUAAAGAUGCCUAAUAUGUGUCUUGUGAUGGAGUACGCUCGCGGCGGUAGUCUUAAUAGAGUCCUUAGUGGCAGGAAGAUUAGACCUGACGUAUUAGUCGAUUGGGCGAUACAAAUCGCAAGAGGCAUGGAUUACCUUCAUAACAAAGCUCCUAUAAGUCUUAUUCAUAGAGAUCUAAAAAGUUCCAAUGUGUUGCUGAGUGAACCGAUUGAAAACGACGAUCUGCAAUACAAAACUCUAAAGAUCACGGACUUCGGAUUGGCGAGAGAAGUCUACAAGACAACCCGCAUGUCGGCGGCUGGCACAUAUGCCUGGAUGGCGCCGGAAGUGAUCAAAAAGAGCACUUUCAGCAAAGCCAGUGAUGUAUGGAGCUACGGCGUAUUGCUGUGGGAACUCUUGACGGGAGAGAUACCCUACAAAGGUAUCGAUACUCUGGCUAUAGCGUACGGUGUCGCCGUUAAUAAGCUGACUCUACCUAUACCAUCCACUUGUCCUCAACCUUGGAGGUAUCUCAUGGAAGAAUGUUGGGCGUCGGACAGUCAUGCUCGGCCUGGAUUUGCAGAGAUUUUAGUAGCGUUGGAGGAAGUACGAGAUGCAUUCGCGGCAACGCCACAUGAAUCUUUUCACACGAUGCAAGAAGAUUGGAGACUGGAGAUUGAGCAAGUUCUACACGGACUGCGCAUGAAGGAAAAGGAGCUGCGCUGUAGAGAAGAAGAACUGACGAAGGCACAGGUACAACAGAGACAGCAUGAAGAAAAUUUGAGGCAGCGGGAGCAGGAAUUAGCCGCCCGUGAGAUAGAUCUCUUGGAAAGGGAACUCACCGUAAUGAUCAUUCAACAGCAAAACACGCCUACACCAAACAAGAGACGUGGCAAAUUUAAAAAGUCGCGGUUAAAAUUAAACAAAAAGGAGCCUGGGAGCAAUAUCAGUGCACCAUCGGAUUUUCGUCAUACAAUCACUGUUCAACAUACGGCCUUGGAUCGGGGCAAAGUGAGGAACCCGUCGAGACCUAACAGCCCACCAGGCUCACCCAGCAUUCCAAGACUCAGAGCAAUUGCAUUACCGGCGGACGGAGUUAAGGGUAAGACUUGGGGGCCGUCGACGCUUCAUCAACGUGAACGCGGGGCUAUUAUCACCCAGCCGCCAAAUCCCGCCUCCCCUGGCGGCAAACGUUGGUCCCGUUCCGCGCCAGAUCUCGAAAAGACACCGCUGCGUACAGCCCUGUUGGCGAACGCGCAUCGCUCCCCGCUUCUGCAGGAAAUAGAUUAUACAGCAUUACCGCCCGACCUCUCGGCUGACUGGAUAACGUCGGAUUAUCCGUUGAAGCCCGGACUAACCGGGCCGUACAUUAUGCCGAUGGCCGUUCCGAUGCCCACUCUGUACAACGGCGAGACGAAAAAACCAAAGCUAAGCAUAAUAGAGCUGGUACUGUACAACAUCGCGGCAAUGCUGGCCGGCGUAGCCACCGGUUACGACGUGAGAAUGUCGAACAUAUCCCCGAUUCACCCACGGCUGUAUCCUCGACUGGGCGAAUGCGACGAGGAACAGCCUAGAUGGUGGUUUCAAGCGGACACCGGGUCGAAUCGCAACUCUUACCUUGGCGCUGAUUACGAGUUUAGCUCGAGCAGCGGCUAUCCGCACAACACUUAUCACGGACGGGCACACCAUUAUAGGCCGUUCCUAAGUAAUAUGGGUGGCAUAGCACCUGGCCUUCCAGCGAUGCCGGACAAGCCUUUGCGCUUUACGGACUCUCCGCAGCAUUACACGAGUAGCACGACGGGCUCCAACGCCCCAACGCCGAGCCCGAGAAGAAAGAGCAGUAGCACCAGCAACGAGGACGCGUACUCGCACGACGCGGCUCGCGUCGACCGGAUAGAGAGGGUACCGACGAUAUAUAUGGGCAAUGUUGCCCCGUUCCCGGAUUACGGGCCGCCGGUGUAUACCGUCGUACCGCCGGAGUAUUAUCGGUCUCCUGAGCCGCCGUAUUACGUAUCCACGGAGUGUCACGAUCGGAUGCUCGAGUGUCCCGAGUUUCCGCACGCGUACGACAAUCCAAGUAGUAUGAACAGCCCGGCCAGGCCGGUGUCCAGACUUUUGCCUUACACGCACCAUCGCACUUCAUCUAACGUUUCCAACGUCAGCACGUCGAGUCAAAGCAACGUGAACCCGACGUUUCGCCUGGAGGACGAGGACGAUUACGGAAUGUACUCGCCUGUGCCGUAUUACCAGCGGCCGUCGAACGUCAUCUCCAACUUAGCGUCGACAUACGGCUCGAGUAUACUUAACCAUGAGUAUGGCUCGCCGUUAUUGACCCGCCAAAACUCCCACGACUCCAGCACGAACUCCGGCGAGAGACCGAGUAAUCUGGAAGUCAUCACGCGACUGCGUUCGAGUCUGAAGCGAUCCAAUUACUCGUAUAACUCGCCGAGCAAGAGUGUAAGCAAGAACAACUCGGGGUCGGGUACGCCGACAAACCCAACUCCGCCUGAUUCGCUGACUUCUGAGGAUUCGAGCUACGUUUCCGCCAAGGAUAGCCAGAUUUCUAUCGGCCGGGUACGCUUCUCGCCGGUGACUUUUGACCGCGAUAACGUAUCGCGCGAUCACAGGGAGACGCUGCUGGAUAUUCCGGUGCACGGGCAGAAUCAGGACGUGACGGUGCCGCUGCAGGCGAAUCGACGUCUCAAUAGAAGCAGAAAGCCAAGCAUCUCGGAACUGGAGAGAGAGUUCUUGUCAUAGCACUGGCUUAUUUAAGAUUGCGCGAGACUCACGUAGGACUGCACUGAAACAAAGGGUUCGUCGAUGCUUUUCACAGUCUGUCGAUAUCUCAUAGCAAACGUAGGACGAUCUGCUUGCGUCUCCGGUUAUAUGAAUCGCGGAAUCGUUUGCAGAACCGUUGCUCCUAUAACUGAGACUUGAGCCACUCGGUUCAUUAACGAAACACGACAAGACUCGCGGAACGAUGCACGUUGUCGAAGCACUGCCUUUCGCGGACGAUAUUCAUCGGUAGAACAGCAAGUCGUAAUAGUACACUAACGAGUCCGGGAACUAACAUUCCAUGCGACACAACGCGUACAAUUCAAGCGCGAUUCGUGUUAUUAUAAAAUGUAUAAUGUAAUGCGCGACUAGAUAAUUUUAAUUUGAUAACAUAACAGUCUUUGAUACCCGUGUUACGGUGUGUAUGUGUAUAUGUAUAUAUACAUACACGAUGUCUCAGAUUUUCCUCCGGAUAUUUUGUGGGAAUGUAGAAUAAGUUGAGGUGAACAUAAAAGUCCUAUAUUAUUUUGCGAUAUUUGCAAUAAUAGUCGAGAUAUUAAUUAAAGAAGAUUGAUGAAUGAUCACGCGUAAUAUAAUAGAUAAGCUGUA